CGCACCUACUAUUCGUAAUUAGAUGAAAGAGGGAUAUAAAUGUGACAAAAGGAACGCGACACUAAAAGAGCAUGCCGAUUGCGAGCAGUCCCUCCAAACAGCGGGGGGGUCCAGCAGUGACCCAUGCGAUCACGGCACCGAAAGGUACUAGUGCUGGCGCAGACGGUUCUGCAUCUUCGUCAAAUGCUGGUAGUUCCUCGAGCGUUUUUGCUCCCGGGGGUCUGAUGGCGGGUCAAGCAGCGGCAGCAUCAACCGCUGCAGCUACGACGUCCACUAACAGUGAAAUGACCGCUCUGGCGUCGUUUAAGAAGGACCUAGAAGACGAGGCGCGCAUUGAGGGGAGGCUGAUCGUGUACGAAGUGAGUAUCAUGUACGACCAGCUGCGUCGCGUAGAGGCGUCAAUCAGUGGGCCAUGGUGCUUCUUGGGUCAACAAGAUGAGGCUCAGUGGAUGGAAGAAGAACACUGGCGGUGCAUCCCGCCCACUGUCGUCAGUUUCAUGACGCAUAAGGUAGUACUCAGGAUGACAACGUAGUAGUUACUUACAAGUAGAUGAUCAUCUAAAUCACGUCAUUCUACGGAAUUUCUGUGGAAGAUGCUUUUUUAAUCCCCGGCCAGUACUGCUUGCUCGUCGCAACUACUGUCGUUCUUCGUGUUGAUUGUCCUUUGCCUGUUACCGACAUACGUAUGUCAUGUCAAAGUCAACUUUCUCUUUCUCCUGCAAGGUCCCAACAGAGGAGGUGAAGUUUUCUUCGGCGUUCGAGUCUGCGAAUCUCUAUUUCGUGGAGAAAACGGCAGACCAUGUGUUCCGUUGUGAGCUGCAAUUCGAUCCUGUUGCUGAACUUGUAGGGCCUCCGACAAGACGCAGUCUGUCCUCAAGUGCAUCUUCUACUGGAGAGGAUUUCGGGCCCGGACCGGUCGCGCAGUGGUUUUAUUUCGCGGUCUACGGAGGUCGCAACUGCGCGGGACGGAACGUACGGUACGAAGUCCCGAACUUGAGCCGCCUAAAAGCCGCCCAACUCCUCGCGACGCACCAGAAAGGACCCCUCUUCUGGAGUUCUCAUCAUCCAACCUGGUACGGAAAUCGGACGAAAAACGUCACAGUUUCAAAUACAGAUCCAGAAAUUGCGAAAGACGUUUUGAGCAGGCAAGGCUUCGAAUUCAGGUACUCUAUCCACUAUAGUAUCUAUAUAUUUAAGGAAAAAUAGGACCAAAAUGUGGCGCAUCUUUGGAAUGUUCUCUGUUGAAGAAUGAACCACGUUCACUUCCUUGUAGAAGACAUUUGAUCAAGUUCAAGACUUGGUCGCAUUGUUCGUUAUUUUUUCCCACAUAUUCGUAUUGUGACCCGUUACAGACCGGACGUGAGCGAGCUAGCGACACUGUCCUUCGAGUAUACAUUCACGCACGACAACGAGACAAUUUUUUUCGCGUACGGUUUGCCGUACACGCACACACACCUUCGCCGCUUUCUCAAGUGGUCUUGCGCCUUUGCGACGCUAGACGCAGACAGCACAUACGGUGGUGGAGGUGGAUCCGGCAAGGCUGACAAGGACGCCGUCUCAAUCACGCGAGAGGAGCUUUGCCUGUCAAGAGGCCGGUUUCCAGUGGACAUUGUGAGAAUUACCCGCGGGCGCGAUUUUCAACAUCCAGACGACGAGGACGACAGCUUUGUGAGUAGCGACUCAUCAGAGGACGAGGCAGAGCCGGCAGCCUCCGUGUACCUACCAUCCAUCGCUGAGAACGGCGCAGGAAGAUCUGGAGGUGCUGAAUCAACAGCGGGAGGCGCGGCCUCGGCCACAACAUCAGCUCCUGUAGGAAGUGCCGCAAGUUCGUCGAGUGGUUCAACAGCACGAGCACUUGA